CCAUCAAUACUACCACCACUACCAUUACCAUAGCCUCCUUUUUUUGUCUCUCUUUCUUCAUUAUCUUCUGCGAAUUGUCUCUUUGUCAUGUAGCUUCAUCGUACUAAUUACCACCAGAAACAUACUUCCUUCAACCACAACAAUUCAAAUGUCUGGCUUCUUAAACGAUGAGCUCUCCAAGAAAACCUCUAUUUUUGGUUUAAGAUUAUGGGUUGUGGUUGGAAUUUGCGUUGGAGCCACCAUUGUUAUCUUGAUGUUCUUAAUUUCUCUCUAUUUCACCUCAAAACACAACAAUUCCUGCAAGAAAACCAAAACCUUGCCUCAAAAACCCACAAUUCCAAACAUCUCCAAAGAAAUUCGUGAAAUCAGAGUCGACCCGACCCGAACCCAUGUCCAAGAAACCCCCAAACAACAGCAUCAGCAUCCUCCGGGUCAAAGCCCGUUUCACGAAUCAGAUUCUUUGGCUGUAGUUGAUAGACAUGCAGAGGAUGAGAGUAAUUUAAAUGGCUACCAGAAGAUUCAGAUAGAGAUAGGCAAGAAGCACCGUAUUUCUUACCCAGGUGGUGGCGGGUCGUCCCAUGAAAUCGGGUCGGGCGAUCAACAGUCAAUUAUAUCGGUUCAACCCGAGGUUUCCCAUUUGGGUUGGGGCCAUUGGUAUACUCUUAGAGAGCUCGAAAUUGCCACAAACGGGUUUGCAGAUGAGAAUGUGAUUGGCGAAGGUGGAUAUGGGAUUGUUUAUUGUGGUGUUUUGGUGGAUAAAAGCACAGUUGCUGUCAAGAAUUUGCUCAACAACAGAGGACAAGCCGAGAGGGAGUUUAAGGUUGAAGUAGAAGCAAUUGGACGCGUACGCCAUAAGAAUCUAGUCAGGUUGCUCGGCUUUUGUGUCGAAGGAGCUCACAGGAUCCUCGUUUACGAGUAUGUAGACAACGGGAACUUAGAACAAUGGCUUCAUGGAGAUGUAGGUUCGACUAGCCCGCUUACAUGGGAGAUACGAAUGAACAUUAUACUCGGGACAGCAAAAGGGUUGACCUAUUUGCACGAAGGACUCGAGCCCAAAGUUGUUCAUCGUGAUAUCAAAUCGAGUAAUAUUUUGCUCGAUAGGCAAUGGAACCCCAAGGUUUCAGAUUUCGGUUUGGCCAAGCUUUUGGGCUCCGAAAGGAGUUAUGUCACCACCCGAGUCAUGGGAACAUUUGGGUACGUUGCUCCCGAGUAUGCUAGUACGGGCAUGUUGAAUGAAAGAAGUGAUGUAUACAGUUUCGGGAUCCUUAUUAUGGAGAUAAUUAGCGGUAGAAACCCUGUCGACUAUAGCCGGCCUCCAGGAGAGGUAAAUCUUGUCGAUUGGCUUAAAACGAUGGUAACAAAUAGGAAUGCCGAGGGGGUUUUGGAUCCUAAAAUACCCGAGAAACCUUCUUCGAGAGCACUGAAGCGUGUCCUUUUGGUAGCUUUACGUUGCGUGGAUCCAAGUGCUCAAAAACGGCCGAAGAUGGGUCACGUGAUUCACAUGCUUGAGGCAGACGAUUUUCCGUUUAGAGACGAAAGGAGAGGAAGUCGGGAAACCGGAAGGGAGAGGUCGUUUGAGAAACGGCAUAUCGAGUCGGGUGAUAGUAGCGGGUACGAAAGUAGCAUUCAGACAAACAGAUCUGAAUGGAAAAGGCAAGAACAGCAGUAGAUUGAGAGCUGACCAAUUCAGAUGUGUAUAAUGUUGUCCAUUCAUGUAAGUUUACACUACACGUUCACGACUAGUCAUUGUUGAUUCCAUAGCAA